CGGUGCUCGUUGCUAGGGGCGGCGGAUGGCGGCGGCUCCUCCAUGGCGACGGGGCUGAGCGGGGAUCGAGAGCCGGCGGCCGGGACGCGGGGACUCCCCCUAACGGAGCAGGAAGCCUUCGAUGGGGGGAGGCCCAGUCCUCGGGAAAAGGGGAGCGAGAGAGAGGCUCAUACUGAAGCCAACCAGCUGCGCUUCUGAGUGGGGAAACUCUGGACUGAUUUCAUGCCUUGCUUUUUAUUUCAUUAAUACUUCAUUAUCUCUGAAAAUGAACCUUUUGUGAAGCUCUUCUCCUAACCCUUCUUAUUCCUCUUUCAUGAGGUGGCUGCUGUGCAAGGGAAGAAAUGGCAUGAAUUAAAUGAACUCCAGUAUAAAGCAAUCUGCCAAAGUGCCCAGUGAGCAGCACUGUCACUUUAAUAAUUCCAGGUCAAGGGAUUGCUUUCCUCGUUUUCAAUCCUCUCUUAAUACAUGGGAGGAUCAGAGGGACAUUAAAGACCGUAAGACUGGGUGGCUUACAGAUAAAUAGAAAUGGAAGUGACUGGCCAGUGACUUCUGUUGGGUAAGAGGGGAAGGCUGUUGUCUGGUGAGGAAAACAGGACUUUUUCAGUCUGCUGUGUAGUCACCUAAUGCAUAGCUAGCAAAAUUCAUUCAAGAAGUGAAAGAAGUUAAAGAGUCACUUUGGAUUGUUUUUGUCUUCCUCCUUAUUUGGAUUAUUUGAGCGUUUUUGUCCUGGUUUUGAGCAUGUACAGGUGGAGUAUUAAGACAGCUGCCUAGAGAUGGACUGUGCCUUAAUUAUAUUACAUGAAAUCUUUUAAUUUUCAAACUUUGCUGCCAGAAGAGGAGUUAUAUUAAGGUUUUAUAUUGCCGAGAGACAUUUUCUCUUGUAUUUUUAUAGAUUCAAAUAUAUUUUAAAGAAAUUGAAAAGAUCUCUUAAAAAAAUCCAAAAACUUCUUUUUAUUUUUUCCCUUUUCCUUUUUUUCUUUUCUUUCUUACUUGUGGGAAGCAUCGGAAGUCCAAUACAAGGAAACAGCAAGUAUUGAUAGGAAUGAAGAUUGAAGCUGCAUUUCCUAACUGAACUGUAAAAGUGUUUUGCAAUAGAUAGUUCCUGACCUCACAAAGUGUUCCAGUAGUACAUCGUUAAUACCUGUAAAUAAGUGCUUGCAACCAGCUUCAGAAGUAGGAAGAAGAAUGCCAGUCAAGAAGAAAGAUACUGACCGAGCUUUAGUGCUGCUGGAAGAAUACUGUAAGAAAUUAAGGAAGCCAGAAGAGCAACAACUGAAAAAAGCCAUCAGAAAGGUGAUGGGCAUCUUUAGGAGCAGCUUGUUUCAGGCACUUCUCGAUAUUCAAGAGUUUUAUGAAGUGACACUGCUAAAUUCCCAGAAAAGCUACGAGCAAAAAAUAGAAGAAACAAAUCAAGUUGCAGAGAAAUGGGAGAAGACAUCUGCUACAGAACAUGAUAAUCUACAGAAAAACCAAGAGCCUGCAGCUUCCAAUGGAUCAGAAGGACCAGGACAACACAGUGAACACAAUAAGGAGAACCAGACUCCUGAAGACUAUGUGGUAGAUGUGAAGUCAAAGCAGAGCCAUGGCAGAUGCCCAUCCCACAAAUGCUCAGUCGAAACACCUGCCUGGAUACCCAUUCAGCACUCCACCAAAGGCCAAGAGGAAGAAAAUCCCACAGGUAGAGGCCUUCAGCUGGGACCUUUUCCUGAAAUGGAAUGGACUAAUGCACAGAAAUAUCGUUAUCAAGAUGAGGAUGCUCCACAUGAUCAUACUUUGCCUCGAUUAACCCACGAAGUGAGAGGCCCAGAGCUUGUUCACGUGUCAGAGAAGAACUUGUCUCAAAUAGAGAAUGUCCAUGGAUACGUCUUACAGUCGCACAUUUCUCCUUUGAAGGCAAGCCCUGCCCCUAUAAUUGUCAACACAGACACUUUGGACACAAUCCCUUAUGUCAAUGGAACAGAAAUUGAAUAUGAAUUUGAAGAAAUUACUUUGGAGAGGGGGAAUUCUGGCCUGGGGUUCAGUAUUGCUGGAGGAACAGAUAACCCACACAUUGGGGAUGAUCCUGGGAUAUUCAUCACUAAGAUUAUCCCAGGAGGAGCUGCAGCAGAGGAUGGAAGACUCAGGGUCAACGAUUGCAUCUUGCGUGUGAAUGAGGUGGACGUGUCCGAGGUGUCACACAGCAAAGCCGUGGAGGCCCUAAAGGAGGCUGGAUCCAUAGUACGAUUGUACGUUCGCAGGAGGAGACCUAUUCUGGAGACCGUGGUGGAGAUCAAGUUGUUCAAAGGACCUAAAGGUCUGGGAUUCAGUAUUGCAGGAGGGGUUGGAAACCAACACAUCCCUGGAGACAACAGCAUUUAUGUCACUAAGAUUAUUGAUGGAGGAGCUGCGCAAAAAGAUGGGAGGUUGCAAGUCGGAGAUAGACUUCUUAUGGUAAAUAAUUACAGUCUGGAAGAAGUCACCCACGAGGAGGCAGUGGCGAUCCUGAAGAACACCUCAGAUGUGGUGUAUCUGAAAGUCGGGAAGCCCACCACCAUUUACAUGACCGAUCCAUAUGGCCCACCAGAUAUUACUCACUCUUACUCUCCACCAAUGGAAAAUCACAUACUCUCUGGAAACAAUGGCACUUUAGAGUACAAGACAUCCCUGGCCCCUAUCUCACCAGGAAGAUACUCUCCCAUUCCAAAGCACAUGCUUGUGGAGGACGACUACACCAGGCCUCCUGAACCUGUUUACAGCACUGUGAACAAACUGUGUGAUAAACCACCUUCUCCUAGGCACUAUUCCCCUGUCGAGUGUGACAAAAGCUUCCUUCUUACAGCUCCCUAUCCCCACUACCACGUAGGCCUGCUCCCUGACUCUGAGAUCACCAGUCAUUCCCAGCACAGCACUGCAACGCGUCCACCCACAGUGAGCUUGCAGCGGACCAUUUCAGUGGAAGGAGAGCCUCGAAAAAUCAUCCUGCACAAGGGCUCCACAGGACUCGGUUUUAACAUUGUGGGAGGAGAAGAUGGGGAAGGCAUUUUCGUGUCUUUCAUCCUAGCAGGCGGGCCUGCCGACCUCAGCGGAGAACUGCAGCGAGGAGACCAAAUUUUGUCUGUGAAUGGUAUUGAUCUUCGAGGUGCUACCCAUGAGCAGGCUGCAGCUGCGCUGAAGGGAGCAGGGCAGACGGUAACAAUCAUAGCACAAUACCAGCCAGAGGAGUACGCUCGGUUUGAGGCAAAAAUCCAUGACCUACGUGAGCAGAUGAUGAAUCACAGCAUGAGUUCUGGGUCUGGCUCCCUGAGGACUAAUCAGAAGAGGUCACUGUAUGUCAGAGCCAUGUUUGACUAUGACAAGAGCAAGGACAGUGGCCUCCCAAGCCAAGGGCUCAGUUUUAAGUAUGGAGACAUUCUUCACGUCAUCAACGCCUCAGAUGAUGAAUGGUGGCAGGCAAGGAGAGUCACUCUGGAGGGAGACAGUGAGGAGAUGGGAGUCAUACCCAGCAAGAGAAGAGUUGAAAGGAAGGAGCGUGCACGUUUGAAGACGGUGAAAUUCAACGCGAAACCUGGCGUGAUCGAUGCAAAAGGGUCAUUCAAUGACAAGCGUAAAAAGAACUUCAUCUUUUCACGAAAAUUCCCAUUCUACAAGAGCAAGGAGCAGAGUGAGCAGGAAACAAGUGAUCCAGAACAACAUGUUUCUUCUAAUGCCAGCGAUAGUGAAAGUAGCUACAGAGGCCAAGAAGACUGCAUCUUUUCUUAUGAACCUGUCAGCAGACAGGAAAUCAAUUACACCAGGCCGGUUAUCAUCCUGGGUCCCAUGAAAGACCGGAUCAACGAUGAUUUGAUAUCUGAAUUCCCUGAUAAGUUUGGGUCGUGUGUACCACAUACCACGCGGCCAAAGCGUGACUACGAAGUGGAUGGCAGAGAUUAUCAUUUUGUCAUUUCGAGAGAACAAAUGGAAAAAGAUAUCCAAGAGCACAAAUUUAUAGAAGCUGGGCAGUACAAUGAUAAUCUAUACGGAACUAGUGUCCAGUCUGUGAGAUUUGUGGCAGAAAGGGGCAAGCACUGUAUACUUGACGUGUCAGGAAAUGCCAUCAAACGGCUACAGGUUGCACAGCUCUAUCCCAUCGCUAUCUUCAUUAAGCCUAAAUCGUGGGAGCCUCUGAUGGAAAUGAACAAACGGCUCACAGAGGAGCAAGCGAAGAAAACCUAUGACCGAGCAAUUAAACUAGAACAAGAGUUUGGAGAAUAUUUUACAGCUAUUGUCCAAGGAGAUAGCUUAGAAGAUAUAUAUAAUCAAUGCAAACUUGUAAUUGAAGAACAAUCUGGGCCUUUCAUCUGGAUUCCUUCAAAGGAAAAAUUAUAAAUUAGCCACUGCACCUCUGAUUACGGCGGAAGAAUAUUUAGAAGAAAACUAUAAUAUACUAUUUGGAGGCUUUCCUGUUUUUGUUGCAUUUAUGUUCUUUGCAGUCAAUGUGAAUUUUGAUGAAUGUACAACACAAAGUGUUUGAAGCCAUGAAGGACACUGAUGGGUCAAAGGGUAGGAACAAAAAGACUUCUACCAUGUUGUGUGCUCAGAGCACGAGUUGUAGGUACAAACUUUUGACAUGGAGACUCUCUGCCAAGGGGAGCUAGCCACCUCCUGUGCCCAUGUGGACAUUUUGAUCGAUUUCAAUGGCUGAGCUCAGUGUGUUGAUUGCUUUAAAGAGAAGUUCCCAGCUCUUGAAUCUCAUAUAGGGCUUGAUCCUGCAAGGCGCUCAGCACUUGACCCCAGUUCCUACACAGGUAGCCCGUUGACUUGGAGUCACUUGUGACCCUACCCUAUGCCGUUCAGUCCCAUCAGAUCCAGUAGGACUAUUCGUGUGCUCAAAGCUAAGCACGGGCUUAAGCAUUUUGCUAGAUCAGGGCCACAUGCACCUUGCAAAAUCAAGCUCAGAGUACUUGGUCCGCUUCCUACUGAAGUCACUGGUCGGAUGCUCUUUGACUUGACCGGGAGGUGAGUCCGAGCCUAAGCUUGUCGUUGCACAUUUGUAGUUGGUACACCUCGACUUUGGUAACUAUGCACAUCUUUUAAUUUCUGAAACCAAGUCAAGCAUUUCUUUUUCUCCCCUUUGGAAACACUAUUGUGUCAGGAGCUAACAGCAGUGUAGUGUAUUUGGAUGGAGUUGCAGGGUGGGAGAGGACGGAUGGAAGCGUUUCACAUCACACACACGUGCACGCAAACACAUUCACACGUGGAAACACAUCCGCGAGGAUGCACAGCACCUAUGCUGACGAGGAGGGAUACAACUGGGAAAAGCUUUAACAUUUUUGAUUGUCUAUUUUAUCAUUUAUAUUGAUAGAAGGCACUUAAAGAUGGAAUAAUUUAUAAAAAUAAAAGUAUAUUGAUGUAUAAAAAACUAAUUUCUAUAGGUAAAAAUGUUUUUGUGAGAUAUUUUGUAAAGAUUAAUUAAUUGAAAGAUUAACUAUUUACACCCUUGUGUGACUGUAAAAUGUAAAGAGGACCAUCAAGCUGCAUUAUCCUUUUUUCAAACCAGAUUCUCUAUUAUUAAUGACAAGGAAAAUAACUCCUGAAAUUGUAGUUGCCAGCUUGUUCUUCUCUCAAUUUAAUCUUCUCCCUUGCCUCUAUUUAAUCACGAUGAACACCGUUGCGGAAAGAUCUCUUGAACUUAAUGCCCUGUAGGACCUUUUCUGAACACAGAAGGAUAAUGCAUCUUUGAACUGAAACAGGUAAUUCUUCAGAAGCAAAAUGUCAGUGCUUGACUGUAGUUAAUUAUUUCUCUCUUGGAGGGGGAGUCACGCUUCACCCUACAAUGUUGUAUGAUUCGUCCCGUUUCUUUAAAGGAAGCACCGAAAGCAUUGGAUCUUUCCUCUCUUUGUAGACAGGCAGGUCACCAACUAAGCUGUAUCUUCAUUCAUUUCACAGUCCACAAGGGUCUUAAAAGCAAAAAUUGAGGCAAUGGAGAUUGUGAGGGAUUUGGGGAAAGUCUGUGGAAUUGCAGUUUGGGGUGCAUGGAAAGGGAGAGCAAGGUAUUUUUAUCUCCUUGUACGUCGCCCUUCCUGUGUGUGCUGAUGCCAUUCUUCACUCUGCCAUACAAGGGGACAGCUGUAAGAGGUACUAUGACAGGAAACUGAAUUACCUUUGCUGCUGCUGGACCAAGUUUCUAUAAAGCCCACACUCUCCUGCCCGCUGCGUCGCAGGAGUCCAGCGCUGAGCUGGUGGCUACAGUAACCCUAAUAGUGAAGGCUGUUUAAGGGCAAACGCUAAACAGACUCCUUGGUUACUUGUCUAUGGGAAGCUUAGGUUCCUGUACCCUGUCAAGCUGCCAGGUAUACCCAGCCAGCCUCCGCCCGCAGCGUGACGAGCUGGAUGCUUGCAAUAUAGCCACCAGCAGUGACAGGGUCAAAAACAUGGGCAUCUGGGUGGCCCUGAGGUCGCCUUUCACUUACUGCCCUGCUAUGAUAACUCGGAGAAGUUCACACUUCUUUUAGCACUACUUUUCUUGCCUGGCCAGCGCAGACUUAUAAAGAAGGGUUUCAGUUAAGUCUCCGAAAGAGCUUUGUCAUCAGAAGGGCUAGACUUUUUUUUUUACAAAAUAUAACUGAAUGAAAGCUUUGACUUUGGAUAAUUCUGCAGAAAUCCACAGAGUGACCCCAGAUCUUCGGGAGCCGUGGAGUUUUUUCCAUGCUGGCAAAACACUGUUGCCACGGGUUGGGGAGUAGCCCACCAGACCUGGAAACCCAAGUAUCCUAAAGCAGGAACUUCAUUCUAAUUCUCAGCUCUGUUUUUAAGCAAUCAGUCACAUCUGCUUCUUUGUUUCUUAGUUCAGCAUGCAGCCCUUUAUGGUACUAUCCUACUAGUAACUGUUUUGCUUUGUCAUGUGCUGUGCUUUAUGGUGAACAGUAACACUAUGGCUGAGUACAAUCAAUUUUUCCAUCAGUCCUUGGUUACUGUAGUAACAUUAUUUAUUUCCCCCGUCUGUUGUUUGUGCUUCCAAUUUAGAGUUGCCAUUGCACUUCUCUUUUUAUUUUGUUUUUGUUUCCUUUCCCUUUUUUU